AUCGCAUCGCGCACCCCCGCUCCCAGCAUGGCCGAGGCGACGGCAGCCCCCAGCGAGACGCCCACCGCCCCCAGCGAGUACGGCGAGUACCACAACCUGUCGGAGCUGCUCCACCUCCUCAACUACAGCUACAGCGCCUGCGAGUUCAGCCUGGAUGAGAACGCCAAGCGCGUGGCCGUGUUCGUGCUCUACCUCGCCAUCUUCGUGGUGGGGCUGGUGGAAAACCUGCUGGUGGUCUGGGUGAACUGGCAGACACGCGGCGGCCGGAGCCUGGUGAGCCUCUACGUGCUGCACAUGGCCAUCGCCGACCUGGGCGUGCUGCUCUCGCUGCCCGUCUGGAUGCUGGAGGUGAUGCUGGACUACACCUGGCUCUGGGGCAGCUUCCUCUGCCGCUUCACGCAUUACUUCUACUUUGCCAACAUGUACGCCAGCAUCUUCCUCCUCACCUGCCUGAGCGUGGACCGCUACGUCUCGCUGCGCGGCUCCUCGCCCUUCUGGCACCGGCACCAGCACCGCGUGCGCCGCGUCGUCUGCGCCUGCGUCUGGGUCCUGGCAGCCGCCAUCCCCUUCGUGGAGGUGUCCCACAUGCAGCUGGUGAACACCGGGGACCCCAUCUGCAUCUUCAUGGCUCCCUUUGAGACCUACGAUGAGUGGGCGCUGGCGGUCAGCCUGGCCACCACCGCCGUGGGGUUCCUCAUCCCCUUCCCCAUCAUCGCAGUGUUCAAUGUGCUGACGGCGCGGCUGGUCCGGCGCUCCAAGCCGGAGGGGGGGAGGCACUGCCUGCUCAUCUACACCUACAUCGCGGCGUUCCUGCUCAGCUGGCUGCCUUUCCACGUCCUGCUCACGCUGCUCACCCUCGACGGCACCCACAUCGUCCUGCACUGCUCCUUCGCCCACUUCCUCUACUUCUUCUACGACAUCAUCGACUGCCUCACGCUGCUGCACUGCGUCCUCAACCCCGUCCUCUACAACUUCCUCAGCAAGAGCUUCCGCAGCAAACUCAUCUCGGCCGUGGUCAGGUACGUUCCCAAGGAUGCGUCCGGGCAGAAGGGCGCAGAGGGCUCCUCCUCCUCCACGCAGCACUCCGUCAUCAUCGCCAAGGAUGGCGCUGCACCCAGCUAAAGGCAGCGGGGUGCCCACCUGAGGUUGGCGCGGGGCCGGGCAGCUCCCCAUGGCAGGCUCCCAGUGGCGUUCUGCUUUCUGGCCAGCCGCCCGUCGCGCUCUGCAGGUGAGGGCAAUGUGCCCAACGGGAGUCGUGGCCGUGUCGCCUCUGAGCACUAUCAGACCCAUUUAGCCAAAGUAAGAACAAGAGACAGAGAGAUGUUCCGCUUUCCUAGAGACAUGCUUGUAGCGAUGGACGCGACGCUCGGUGCGCCCUGACCCCAUGCAGCCCCACGCACUCUGCAGCCCUCAGCUCACACCUGAACCCCACUGAGGGGUGAGCGCUGCCCUCUCACUCCGAUGCCAUUUGAUCAGGAUGGGGCAAAAUCCGCUGCUUUAACACAGCUCCCGCUGCAGCACCAGCGCAGGGCCUGGCACGGCUCAAAUGUAGGCGCUGCGGUGCAGGGCACUGACACAGCACAGCGUCGGGCUGCUGCAGGGAGGAACGGCUCAGCACGGCUUUACAGCGCAACAUCUCAGACCCAGAGCGGCCGUCUUCAUCCUUAAGUCAUCUCUGGGGUGAGAGCUGGGGGUCCCAUCUGCAUUCAGCAGCACGGGACCCCACGGGCAAGAAGUCGGAGCAUCCAAAGUCUCUCCUGGCUGCAAUUCUGCUCAGUCACACUGUGCGUGGGUUGGGCCCUGGGCAGGGGAAGGUGAAAGUGCCACCGGAGGGAAUUCAUCCAUCUGAAGGCCUUGAGCUGCCUAAGAAAGUGAAGCAUAAGCAAAUCGGACCGGAUCCAGGGACAGGAUGCUCACCGCCCCGUGGAGCACAGGGCAGGAUGUGCCGGGGAGACCCGGCACCGGGGCUGCACCGAACCCCUGGCACAGAGCAGCAGGAGCAGCUCCCCACCCAGCCCCUCUGCUGCACCCACUGCUCUCCCAUUGCAGCCCAGGGCUGGGGCAAUUCCUGCGUCCCCCAGCUCAUUUUCAUUGCAGGAACGAAGUUGAGCACGCAACAGCAAAGCCAGCAGGCGCGUGACACAGCCACGCAGCAGCGUAUUCCAACUCCACACGCAUGCGUGUUGCUACAUUUCACUGAUUCAGCCCACUGUGGGGAAAUCCAACACACCUGUGCCCCCCCAGAGCCACCCCCUGUGCUGAGCUGCCCCCCGGCUCCCACUCCUGUCUCACAAAUAAUCUUUUUAAUAAAGAAAUGCAGCACGAGA